UUUACAAGAUUGUACAGAAAAAAUUGAAUUAUUUUUGUUAAAUCUUUAGGAGAAUAGAAUUAGAAAUGUGUCCUUUGAGAUUCUUCUUGGUGUUUUUCUCUGCAGUUUUAGCUGCAUAUUUUGCAUGGAAAACGGCUCGUUCUUCUUCUUCUUCUUCUUCUCAAAUGGGCUUUGAAGACUUGACAAAUGAAGGAACAUCUUCACCCAAAGAAGGGCAAGAAACAAGUUUCAAAAGGAUGGUGGAGAAUUGCUUCUGGGUUUUUGUUGACAUGGCCAGUGGAAGAUACUUGUGGAGGACUAUGAAGGAGAUGAAGAAUUCAGAUGAGAAAGUUACAAAGCUAGUCUUGUAAAUGACAAGAUUUUUUUUUUAAAAAAAUUUCUUUUUCAAAUAUCUGUUGUUAAAUGUAAUCUAAUUUUGAGAUUGAGAAAUAUGUAAACACAAAUUAGUUAUGGUGAAAGAGAGAAUUGAAUCAAAUAUUUGUGACUCUCACUUUCUUUUUCUUCUUAUGGGAUUGAAAUGAGCAAAAUGUAAUUAAAUCAAAUCAUAUAAUUUUGUUGGUUUCAA